AUGUCUUCAGCUAAGAUUGAGUGUGUUUUGCGGGAGAACUGCCGCUGCGGUGAGUCUCCAGUGUGGGAGGAGGCAUCCAACUCUCUGCUCUUCGUAGAUAUUCCUGCAAAAACGGUUUGCCGGUGGGAUUCGCUCAGCAAGCAAGUGCAGCAAGUGACCGUGGAUGCCCCAGUCAGCUCUGUGGCCCUUCGCCAGUCAGGAGGCUAUGUCGCCACAGUUGGAUCAAAGUUCUGUGCUUUGAACUGGGAAGAUCAGUCAGCAGUUGUCUUGGCCACAGUAGAUAAAGACAAGAAAAACAAUCGAUUCAAUGACGGGAAGGUGGAUCCCGCUGGGAGAUACUUUGCCGGUACCAUGGCUGAGGAAACAGCUCCAGCAGUUCUGGAGCGGCACCAAGGGUCCCUGUACUCCCUCUUUCCCGACCACCAUGUGGAAAAGUACUUUGACCAGGUGGACAUCUCCAAUGGUUUGGAUUGGUCUCUGGACCACAAAAUCUUCUAUUACAUCGAUAGCCUGUCCUACUCCGUGGAUGCUUUUGACUAUGACCUGCAGACAGGGAAGAUCUCCAACCGCAGAAGUGUUUACAAGCUGGAGAAAGAAGAACAAAUCCCUGAUGGAAUGUGUAUUGAUGUUGAGGGGAAGCUCUGGGUGGCCUGUUACAAUGGAGGAAGAGUGAUCCGUUUGGAUCCUGAGACAGGGAAAAGACUCCGAACUGUGAAGUUGCCUGUUCUUAAAACAACCUCAUGCUGCUUUGGAGGGAAGGAUUACUCUGAAAUGUAUGUGACCAGUGCCCGGGAUGGGAUGGACCCCGAGGGUCUACUGCAGCAACCUGAAGCUGGUGGAAUUUUCAAGAUAACUGGCCUGGGGGUCAAAGGAAUUCCUCCCUAUCCCUAUGCAGGAUGA